UGUAAGUUUGAGGAGAUGAUGACUGUGUUUGCUGGCCUAUUUAAGAAAGACGGUUUCUUAAAAUCUGUAAAGAGGGCAUUCCAGACCUGUGGGCCCAUCCUUUCCCUUAGGAUUUUAUCAGAGACUUAUCAGCCCUUUGUCUGCAUAAAGUUCUCUGUCCUGGAGGCAGCCCGGUUGGCGCUGGAAGGUUUCAAUGAAACUUAUGUUGAUGGCUGCUUUAUCAAGGUCCAGAGACCGGUCACACGGAAGACUCUUGUGAGGACUUGUUAAAGGCAAUGGAAGAUGAUCUGGAAAAUAAAGAUGUCAUCUAUGUGUCUGGAUUCAAAAAACCUUGAGUGAAGGGUUCCUUCAGCAGAAGUUCAGUCAUCUUAAAGACAUAAAAUCUAUUUUACUACCAAGAAAUCGCAGCAACCGGAAACAUGCUC